CACAACAUUUAACCAUCGCUAUCGAAAGGAUUUUCAACAAAGAACAAUACAAAUCCUUCAUUCCUCUCUCUCUUAGAAUAACGAGUGUAUUGACCAAUCAGACACUUAAGAGUUCUUGUUCAUCAUCAUUUUUCUAUGACUCCGCUUGCAGCCUCCUCCUUUCCAACUUCUGUCAUUCCCCACAUUAUGAUGAAUAACAAUAAUCAACAACAACCAAAUACCAACAGUAAUGGUUCCUCCUCCGAUACUUAUCAAAACCUCUUACAAUGUCUUUCCUUCCUCUACCCUCAAUCGAAUUCUACAACUACAACCACCAAUUAUCAAACUACCAUUCCUUCCUAUAAUUAUCAAUCGAGCACAUUCUUUCCAAAUACUACUUCUACUAAUAACAGUAGCACAUUAAACAGUGCUGCUUCCACCACCAUGAAUAAUUCAUCCCUACUGUUAAAUAACUUAUUCUCGAAUCGCCACCAAUUAAUCACCAGUUUUGAAACCCAUACCACCUCUCAGAAUAACAAUUUUGUUCUCCCUGUUAUUCCAUGUGAUACACCAUCUACCUCUUUUAAUGAUUCAUCUAGCAGAAAUCAAUCAUGUGCAGUUAUUAUUGAGGAAGAGAUUGAAGAAGACAAUGGAUCUAAGAGUUUUAGAAAGAGAAAGACUCCCUCAACCAUGUCAACAACUCUUUCAAAUGUAGUAACCACUACAACGACAACAUUUACCCAAUCAAAGAAACCAAAGACUCGUUCAUCAGUUGAUGUUAAUUUGACGCUUGUUGAAACAUUGCCUAAUGAAACUGAAGACAAACAUUAUGACCCUUCCAACAGCUUUUUCUUAUUGUUAAAGAACCAUUUGGAAUUGAAUGAGAGAUUAAGCAAAUCUCUAAUGAAGAAUAAGGUUGUAGUUGAUUACACUCAUUCAACAUCAUUGGCGUGUCAUGAUCAUGUGAACAGCUUGUGCCAAUCCUCAUUGUCGCAUGACUUUGCAACAUCAUCAACAAAUCCAAAAUCUGUUGAUGUUUUCAAACAACCAAUCGAAAAAUUGUGCUUAUUGUACAGUAUGUAUACUCACAUGUGUCAAAAGAAGGGUCUCUCCAAAGAAGCUAGAUCUGCCUAUGAAAAAACCAGAACAUUGCUCAAACAAGUUUUUGACAAGUACGAUAAUUACUAUGUUGCAUUCACUUAUUGCAUUCUUUCACUCUACCAAUCAAGUGAAGGAGAUGAUGAAAGUGGUAAAUUCUAUCUAGAUCUUGUAGAUCACUACUUUAAAUAUCACAAGAGAAAUAAUACAAAAAAGACAGACACACAGAGUGAUUCUACAACUGAAGAAGCAGAGAUCAAUUCAUUGAUCAAAUACGUAAUACCUUCUGCUGACAUGGAUAGAGACUACUUUUUGGAAAAGUUUUACCAUGCUGCUGAGGUGAUAAACGAGGCUGGAUGUCAAACAAGAAUGUCUGAAAUUCGUAAAUUGCUUACUUGCUUUUAUUCAUACGGUACUGGUAUGAAAGAAGUUAUUCAUCCAGACUUUAAAGGUUUACUUCAAAAACCAAUUGAUAGUACUACAUUCGAAACUUAUUUGCGAAUGGUUGACUACACAUGGGAAGUAUCUUCUCUCACUAGUAAAUCAAUGAAUCUAGAAGACGACCAAAGAUCAAUACUUAAGCAUGUUGGUAAGGGUUACAAGCACACAGCAUACUCCCUGAUCAUCACAGAGUAUUUGGAUUAUUUGUCCAAACAUGUAUCACCAAAUGCUUGCUCCUCUUCCAUCAAUCUUACAACACUCAACAGUGAUAACGAACAAGUCAAAGAACUUUUACCAAAGCUUUACAAAGAGUUGGAUGAUUUUAUGAAUUUAUGCCAGCUCGAACCAGAAUCGUUAGGUGUCAUGCCACCAGCUUAUGUUUCUGCACUUUCUCUUGCUUGCAUAGUUGACCUCAACAUGGUCAAUUCAGAUCCAAACAUUUUAACCAAAAUUGAAAGAGAUUUAAGUGUAAUGUAUUACAUGUCAAGAAGAUACCAAAAAGUUAAAGUUGUAUUUGCAGAUGUAAUUACCAAACUUCUCGAAAAGCGAGAAGAACUUUUGGCCAAUAAAUCUAAACAAUCUUUGUAA